AUGCAGUACAAGGUGCUCAUUCCUCUGUUCCUCGCCGCCACAGCUCUGGCUGCCCCUGCACCAGAUGCCACCGGUACAUCGUCGAGCUACGAGACUUCCGACGAUUAUGAUGACAGCUACUACGGCCUUGCCGAUGUGCCCAGCUCCAUCCUGACAGUUCUGGCAACCGCCAUCCCAUCUUCGUUCUAUGACGAUAUCCUGAACCCGGCAUCUCGCUCCGCUAUUAUCAGCGCCGCCGCAGCUGGUACCUACCCAGCUUGGUAUAACGAGCUUCCUAGCAGCGUCAAGGCCUGGGCCACCUCCAACUUCUAUGAUACGGUUACCGAAGCUUCAGCCACUGCCGCCAGCAUCUCUGAGACCGCUGUUAGCAGCGCUUCCCAGACUGCCGCUGGUAGUGCCUCUGUGACUGGCUCCAGCGCAGUGGCUGCUAGCAACACUGCCAGCCAGACUGCUUCGAGUUCCUCCUCCGCCAGUACCACUUCCGGCUCUGCCUCUUCUUCCGACGCCAGCUCUAGCUCUGCUUCAGCCUCAGCCUCCCCUUCGCAGUCUACUGGCGGUGCUCCUGCUCCUACCGGUGGUGUUGCCAUGGGUGUCGCCGGUGCAGCUGGUGUUCUGGCUCUUGGCCUUGCUCUGUAA